AUGCCGACUAUGCUGGGUCUCACCAACGAUAAAUCGAAAAAUGGGCUCAAUGCCAAUGAGAGCAAAUUCGGCGGCCCCAGCAGCCAGAGAGGCAUGGAACUCGCCCCGCGCCAGCAAAACGGCAGCAUCGUCUCUGGCAUCGAGGGCUCAGACUUCUUCAACGGUGGCGGCAAGCAGAAUGAGCACGACGCAGAUGAAGAAGACUCAGACGACGAGAACCUCAAGACCAUCAAGGGACGCAACCUCAACGCCGUGAAGGAGAUGGAGACUCUUCUCUGGCGCGCUCUCUGCGACAAGCCCAAGUCGGCCCUCAAGUAUAUCGCCAAGGACGCCGUCAUGUCGAACCGCUUCCUCUUUGGUGACCCUGCGCCUCGUACGGCCGAAUCUGACCCCUCUCUGGAACAUGAGAUCAAGCACUGCGAGGAGUGGCUCGCCUACAAGAUGCAGGACCCCCAGCCUGUCGAGAUCGGCCUCAUGGCUGCUGCCGUCGGCUACAAACUUAUUCUCUUCCGCCAGCUCGACCAGGGCGAUGGUAACUUUGGCAUGCAGACUGUCCAGGCUACCUGUUCCAGCUCCUGGAGGCAGCUUGCCAGUGGAGACUGGGAGCUCACCAGCAUGUUUGCCGGUUAA